UUUUCGAGUCUACAUUCUGUAUAUAGAAAGGAAUGACAGAGACUACGAGAGUCAUUUGAAAAGAGCUUCUCUAAAUAGCAGAAUUAUAAUGAUGUGUGCCGAUGGUAAUGAUGUCCGUCAGAUCAUGUUAAGUGCUUACGAACUUGGUAUGACAGAUGGCGACUACGUCUUUAUCAGCUACCAUCCCUUCAACAACACAAAGACAUUCGGAGAUGACUCGUGGAACCAGGGUGACGAGAAUGACGCCAAGCUUAAAAUCGCUUACAAAGCGCUGAUGACGAUCCGACUCUUUGAGCCAACAACUGAUGAAUACAUCAAUUUCCAAAAGGAGAUGAACCGUCGAAUGCUGGAGUCGUAUAACUUUACUCCUGCAGCUGGGGAUGAGGCCAAUUUCUUUGCUACAUCUUUCCAUGAUGCUUUGAUCUUAUAUUCUCUGGCCAUUAAUGAGACACUUCAUGAAGGAGGAGACAUCCGGGAUGGUCUAGCUUUAAACAACAAGAUGUGGAAUCGUACAUUUCAAGGUAUUGCCGGUGAAGUUUCUAUUACAGAAAAGGGCGACCGAGUUGCAGUGUAUUCUCUAUGGGAUAUGACAGACACUGAGAACGGUGUGUUCGAGGUGGUUGCUGACUAUUAUGGAGUUUCCAAUACAAUCCAAUGGCAUAAAGAUAUUGUAUGGCAUGGGAGACCAGACGGCAGUUCACCGCCUGACACUCCACCCUGCGGAUUCUACAACGAGAAUCCAAAAUGCCACGACAAAGCUGAUAACACAAUGGUGAUGGUAUCGUCUAUCCUAGCUGCAUGUGUAGUGAUCGCCUCGGCAUGUGCUAUGCUUUUUGUCUACAGGAAAAUGAAAUUGAAUUCGGAGUUGAUGAACAUGUCUUGGAAAAUCCGUUAUGAAGAUUUGAUUUUCCAUCAUAUUUCCAAAUCGGUAUCAUCGUCGAUUCGAUCACUGUCAAUGACCGGCUCAGUUUUAGAUGUUAACAACCAACGACAGAUGUUUGCCAAAGUCGCCCAGUAUGAGGGUCGCAUGGUUGCUCUUAAACAGAUGAAUUCAACCAAGAUAGAUCUGAAUAGAAAAGUACUUCUGGAGUUCCGUAAUUUACGUCGUCUGGAGCAUAGCAAUCUCGUCCGAUUCGUCGGUGCAUGUAUUGAUGGAAUUGAUGAAAACAAACAAGUGAUCAUCACAGAGUAUUGCCCCAAAGGAAGCCUACAGGAUAUUCUAGAAAAUGACGCCUUGAAGUUGGAUUGGGAUUUCAAAAGCUCCCUCCUGCUUGACGUCAUCAAGGGAUUGAGUUUUCUUCAUCACAGUGAGCUUGGUGUUCAUGGUAGAAUGCGCUCAUCUAACUGUGUAGUGGAUACCCGUUUUGUUGUCAAACUGACCGACUUUGGACUUCAUACUCUCAGAGACUCUUCAUCUGAAGACAGCGACAAUCAGACCAAGAUGAAAAAGAUGCUGUGUAAAGCGCCAGAACAACUGAGGAACCCGAACAAACCACUGACCAAAGAGGGCGACAUUUAUGCUGUUGGCAUCAUCAUGCAGGAGGUUGUGAUGAGGGGGUCGCCCUUUGAGACUGAAAGCAAGAAUGACGUAGAUGUCAAAGUUAUUUUGGAAAAGCUUGCUGCAAAGUUACCUCAGCCUUUCCGUCCUCACGUCCCAACUGAUGACUGUAGUCCAGAGAUGCAUAUCAUUAUGGGGCAGUGUUGGCACGAACUACCAGAGGAACGGCCCUCUGUUAACGAGCUACUGUCCAGCUUGAAGAAAAUCUGCAAGAAUGUAUCUGGAGGUAUUAUGGACAACCUUUUGUCUCGUAUGGAGUUCUACGCCAGUAACUUGGAAGGUCUUGUGGAGGAGAGAACCUCAGCCUUCUUGGAAGAAAAGAAGAGAGCUGAGACGCUCCUUUACGAAGUCUUGCCAAAGUCUGUUGCCGACCAACUGAAAGUAGGAUCCGCAGUUCAUCCAGAGACAUACGACAACGUGACCAUAUUUUUCAGUGACAUUGUCGGUUUCACUGCACUGUCUUCUAGCAGCACGCCUAUGCAGGUGGUGGCUCUGUUGAAUGACUUGUACACCUGUUUUGAUGGAAUCAUUGGACACUUUGACGUUUACAAGGUUGAAACUAUUGGUGAUGCAUACAUGGUGGUGUCAGGACUACCCAUCCGCAAUGGAAACAAACAUGCUAAAGAAAUAGCCAAGAUGUCCCUAGCUUUACUGGAAGCUGUGGCGUCAUUCAAGGUCAGGCAUAGACCUGAUCACAACUUACUCCUGCGGGCUGGUGUGCAUUCAGGACCUUGUGUGGCUGGAGUGGUUGGUCUGAAGAUGCCUCGAUAUUGUCUGUUUGGUGAUACCGUUAACACAGCGUCUAGAAUGGAGUCUAAUGGAGAAGCUCUCAAGAUUCACAUCAGCAGUUCAACCGAUGAGAUACUGAAUGAAUUCAACGAGUUUGAAAUCCAAUGUCGAGGAGAAAUUGAAAUGAAGGGAAAAGGAAAGCAGACGACAUACUGGUUGCUAGGGAAGAAGGUCUAAAAUGUCUGAUGCUGGAAGAUGGAGAGAAAAUGUUGUCUCAACAUGACUUUGGUCUUCACUGUGGAAAAUUAGAGUGUGAUUACUGCGUAAUGAUUAAUCGACAACCUAUCUGAUGAACUAAAUACUAAUCAUGUUACAUAAUAAAAAUUCACGUUGAUGUUUACUGUUUGAAACACUGUAACUUUACGAGCGCAGCAGGACUUACUGAAGACCGUAUUUACCUUAUACUGUAUACAUCUCUAUGUAUUUAUUGCGUAAUCACAUUUCUAUCCAUUUUGUUCAUAGUUUGUAAUUUUUCACGAGUAUUUGAUAUAUGUACGUUCAUCAAGUAUCCAUGUUUCAAUAAUAACUAUUAAAUAUUCAUAAGUUGAACUGUGGCGCACUUAUUUGAAGAUAAUAUAACGGGUUUGAACCUAUUAAAGAAAAAAAAAUAUAUAUACCUAAUUCAUAUUGUAAAAAUUUAAUGUUAAGGAAAGGGUAUUUUUUGAAAGUUUUAGGGCGUUAAAGGCAGUUGACACUAUUGGUAUUUAUUUUAAAGAUUUAUUAGC